AUGAUAAGUAUUCAAACUGCUCAUAGUAGUAAUCAAGUGAACUUCUUAAUAAAAGGUAAAUUUAUAAAAAACAAUCAAAAUGACUUUCUCAUUGCAGCUAAGGAUACAUACUUAGAAUUAUUAGAAUGUGAUUAUGAAGGAAACAUAUAUACCCAAAAUACAUUUUUGAAAAUAAUCUUUUUACAAAUACUUGAAAAUAAAAAUCACGAUAAAUUCAUUAUAGCUGAUGAAAAAUUAAAUUUCAGAAUAUUAGAGUUCGAUGGCAGUUUUGUAGAAUAUUGUUUUAUUGGUAACUUGUUUUUAGAUAAAUUAAAAAUUUUUCAAAAAUAUUUGAAACUAGAUAAGGAUGAUAACAAAAGAAAUAUAGAAGAAUAUAAUAAAUACAUUAACAUAUGUAAUAUAAAAAAUUUAUUUUUAAUAUCUAUUGAAAAUUUUCUCUUUUUUAGAAAAAUUGAAAACAACAUAAUAAAUAAAAGCAUUGAAGAUUAUUGUUUAAAUUAUAAAUUUGAAAAAAAAUAUAUUUCAAAUUUUAGAAAUUUCAAAAUUUUUUAUGACCCUUUAAAAUUAAAAUAUUCCAUAAUCUAUAAUAGAAAAGGAAGAAGAAAAAAAAAAAAUAUAAGUUUUUCUUUAAAAGAAUUUAGUGUAUAUACUUAUAAAGUAAAGAGAGAUAAUUUAUUUUCAAAUAUUAAUAAUAAAAAGUUAAACAAAAAUCAUAUUUUAAUAAAUAAAAAUAAAUACCCUAUUAAGUUGAAAACAGAAAUAAUAGAAAAGAAUAUCAAGAAAGAUAAUUCAUAUUUAAAAUUCUGUAAAAAUAUAAAUUUUAUGAUUUAUUUAAGUUACCCUUAUGAUCAUAUAUACUUCAAUAAAGGUAGUAUUAAUAAAAAAUGUGAUAACUAUAAGGAGUGUAAAAACGGAUAUAAAAAAAAUGCAAAAGGAAGUAUCUAUUCAAAUAGAGAAUUAAAAAAAUAUACAAAUGAAUAUGUAUAUGGUCAUGUAAAUAAAAAUUUUAUUGAAAACAUAAAUAAAAAUGACAAAAAUAAUAUAAAUAAAAUUACGGAUAUAUAUAGUUGUCUAGAUUCAUAUUCAAAAGAAUCAUUUUUACAAAACGUUAAAAAUAAUAUAGAAAAUAAUAAAUAUAACUAUAUAACUUAUUCCAGUGAUAAGACGAAUACAUAUAACAUUAAAGAAAAUUUUUAUAAAAAUAAAGAAGAUAUUCCUAAAUUCACUACAAAUAACACUCUUGAUAAUAAUAGAAACUUAAAUAAAAGUACAUUAAUUAAUGAUAACAAAAAUAAGGAAUUGUUACAUAAUAAAAAAGGUAAAAGCAGAAAUAAAAAUAUACAUAAUAACAAUUUUAUGAGUACAGAAAUGCUUGAUAUAAAUAAUGAAAAUAUACUAAACAUUGAAAAAAAUAAAAAUUCAUAUUACUACAAUGAAUUUGAAAAUUGUUUAAAUAUAAAAAUUUGUUUUUUUAUAUACUUUUUAAAAAAUAAAAGUGGUUACUAUAACUUUAUUAAAAAUAUACUAUUUCUUUGUGAAAAAGAGGAAAAAGAAAUAAUUAACUUAAAAGAUGAUAUAAUAAAAACAAUUUUUUUUAAAGAAAGAGAUUUAGACAUUCUAAAAAAAUAUAAUAAAAAGCUUUACGUUAAUCUUGAAAAAUUAAAAUGUUUUUACAUUGAGUGCAAAUCAAGAAUCAAUGAUUAUUUCUCAUUUGAUAAAUUAGAAUUAUUAAAUAAAGAUGAAAAUCAUAAUUUUAAUACCUGCUUCAUAUGUACAUAUUACUUCAGUAAAUUUUUUUUUUUUAAAAGGGAUUUCACUUAUUUAAACAUUUUUCAAAAAAAUUUUUUGUUUAAUAAAAAGUUUAGUUUAAAUUUCGAACAGCAAAAUAACUUAAAUUUGUUGUUUCAAGUUUUUAUUAGAAUGAAAUUACUAUUAUUUUAUUUUAUUUUAUUUUUUUAUUCUAAUCACAAAACUCUAAAUAACUCUAUUAUUUAUUUAUACAGAAUAAAAAACAAGCACAAAACAUUAUAUGAGUUAUCCGUUCAUAUCUAUUUUUUGAAUAUUUUUAUCUUUCAUAUAUUAAAGUUUCUUUUUCAUAAUAGUUAUACCUUUUCUGGAUACUCAGAAAAAAAUAAUUUUAAUAAUGAUUUUUGUAGUCAUCUGAAUAACUUAAAUAGUAACAAAAAUGAUAUAAGUGAUAUAAAUUAUAUAAAUAAAACUAAUUAUGAUAUUAAUGAGAAAUUUUUUUUAAUAAAUGAAAAAUUAUGUUUGUUAAAUAAAAAAAUAUUUAAUGAAAAUUUCUCACAAAAUAAUUUCCCAGAUCCAAAAGGAAAAGAAGGAUCAAAAUGGGUAAACAAUAGUGUAUUGUCAAAUGAUAAAAAUAAUAAUAAUAAUAAUAAAAUAUCAUUUUACAAGAAAAUACAAAAGAAAAAUAAUUUAUCAUAUUACCAUCAUAAACUAGAAAAAAUAAUAGGAAAUAUAAUGAAUUUGCAAUGCAUAGCAAUUAAAUUAUUAGAAAAAAUGAAAUUUGAUUAUUUAAAUUAUCGUAAACGAAUAUACUUAAAUAAAUUAAAAAAGAAAAAUGUUAAUAGUAAUAAUAUUGUUCUAAUAAUAUCUAAUAAUAAUAACAUAGGAAAUAUUUUAUUUUUCAGACAAAAUAAAAAAAAAAAUAUUUUAUUAAAUAACUUAUUAAUACCUAUAGCUAAAUUAACAUUACCAUUAGAAGUAUAUAAAGUUGAAAGAAUUUUGAAUAAUUUAUUUUUUUUAUUCACAAAAAAAGUUAUAUUUUUAUUUAGCUUUUCUGAUAUUUAUGAUAUAAAUUUAACUUUAAUAAAUUAUUAUCUUUAUUAUUUAAAUGAUAUUAGUUAUAUAUAUGAAUUAAAAUUAGUUAAAAUUACAAAGGAGGGAAAUACCUACAAAGAAAUUAAAUCAAAUAUAUUAUUUUCAGAUUAUUUUACAAAAAAUUAUAAUUUGAAUCAUUUUAAUAACUUUUCUAAUGAAAAGUGGCAUAACUUUUAUGUUAAAGAAAAGAUGAAAAAUCAAUGUUACCUUUUUAAAAAAAAUUAUUUUAACUCCUAUAAACUUUUUAAAGAUAUAAAAAGUAUUCCAUUUAUUGAUAGUUUUUACUCACAUAUAUUUAAUUAUCAUUAUAAAUAUAAAAUGUUUGAAAAAAAAUAUAUAUAUGCAGAUACGUACUCAACAUAUAAUAGGAGUAAUAUAUAUUAUGAAAAUAAUAAUAAUAAUAAUAAUAGUAGUUUUAUAAUAGAAAGCAAAAUUAAAAAAGGAAUCGAGAAUAAAAAAACAAAAAAAAAAGAAAAAUCAGUAGAUAAAAAUUGUAUAAAAAAUAGGAAUAAAUUCAAAAUGUGUGAUAGCACUUCAAAUAUAGAAAAUUUUUUGCUAUCAUUUGAAAUUAGUAAAAAGUCAUUUAAUGAAAUAUAUAAAAAAAAAAAAUAUUUAUUUUUAGAUAAUUCUUGUAAUUCAAAGUAUAAAAAAAAAAAUAAGAAUAAAGAAAAAGUGAUACAUAAUACAUUUUCUUUACAAAAUGAUUUUUUUUCUGAGGUAAAGGAAAAUACUAAUUGUAACAUAAAAAAAAAAGAAUUAAUCUUUAGUUAUUUGAAUAAUGAAAAUAUUAAAAGAGAUUUUAAUUAUAAUUUUAAAAAAGAAAUAGCAAACGGUAAUUUGCGAAAGUCAGAAAGAGAUGUUGAAUAUCCAUUAACUAAUGUCGUGGUACCAUUAGAUAAAAAUAAAAAAAAUGUUCAUUCCUUAUCCAAUUUUUUUAAUAAAAGAUAUUUAUUAAUCGAUAAAUAUAGAAAAGAAAUGUAUCUAAUUAUAAUAAUAUAUGAUUACUACAAUAACAAAAUUUUAAUAUAUAAAAAUGAUUUUAAAUUUAUUGAUAAUUACUUUGUAAAUAAUGAUCAUUGUUCAAAUAUUGUAUGUAUAAAUAAUAGCAGUUUAAAAAAAAAAAAAAAAAAAUCAUCAAAUGUUUUGUUAAAUAUUUUUAAAGAAAAAAAUAAUUGUUUGCAUAACAUUCAUAAAGUUGAAGAAAAGACUAAUUAUAUUUUAGUGUUAAACAAGAAAAGUAGUGAUGAAUUAUUUACAAUUAAAUUAAAUAUAUUUAUACAAAAUAAACAUAAAUAUUUAUUUAUAAAUCAUAUAGAUCAUUAUUAUAGUUACAAUAAAUUAAAAGCAAUUAAAGAUUAUAAAUAUAAACCAAAAGUGAUAAAUAAUUAUUCUAACAAUUUUAUAAGUAAUCCUUUUUUUGAAUUACAGAAUUUUCAAAAUGAUUCAGCAAAACAAAUAUACCAAUGUAAAUUCGAAAAUCAUAAUACCUUUGAUAUAAAAAAGUUAAAAACAAAAUUAUUAGAUAAACUAAUUAUUCUAGAUAAAGAAAAUUAUUAUCAUAAAAUAACUGCUGGCUAUAAUAUAAUAUUGUGUAAAAAAAAUAUAAAUUUGAAUAAUUCGUAUAACAAUUUCUUUUUAAUUAAUUUUGAUAAAGAAUUUAAUAUUCUUUGUAUAUCUAAUUAUUUUCAGUCAACAUAUAUUUUAUUUUUAUGUAAAAACAUACACGACUUCUUUGAAGAUUCAAUCUCUUUGAUAAAUUAUUCAGAAAAGGAAAAUAAAAUAAAUAAUUAUGAAAUAUACAUAAAUAAAAAAAUAAACGAUAGAAAGAAAAAAAAUAAUAAAAGUAAAGAUAAAUUUAAUGAAAGAUUAGAAAAAAAAAAGAAUAAAUCAAUAUUUCAUGUGAUUAAUGAAGAAGAAAUAAAAAAAUUGAAUUUCAUAACAUCAUAUGUUUUGUUUGCAAGAAGUAUCUAUAAAAACGAAAAUGUUUGUUAUGUUUUGUUAUUAAAUAAAACAAAAAUAAUUUUAAAUAAGUAUAUAUUAAAAAGUAAUUCAAUUCCUAUAAAAUUAGAAGAUUUCUUUGAAUUAAAUCUUUGCAGUACUAUUUUAUAUUAUCAUUAUGAAAAAAACUUUUUAAUAAUAUCAUAUAUAAAUAAUUUAAUUGAGAUAUUCUACGUGGAUAUAAUUAAUAAUACACUAUUUGUAUUAGAUUCUUUUUAUUCUUCUCAAACUGUUUAUUCUAUAUAUUUAUAUACUAAUAAUGACUCAUUAAAUAAAAAUUUUAAAUCUACUCCUUAUAUAUUAGUUUGCAUUGGUCUAGAACUAUAUUGUAAAAUUAUUAUUUAUUAUUUAAAUUUUGAUAAUUUACAUAAUACUUGUUCUUCCCUUUUAUUAAACUAUAAUUCAUCAAAUCGAGCUAUUGAUAAUAAUAUUAAUAGUUAUAGUAAGGAAGUUAAUAAUAAUAGUUAUAUUAAAGGUAAAAUGAGGUAUUUUGUGCUUUUUAAAAAUAAUCUCUCAAAAAAAAAUGAUAAUAAAGAAAAAGAAAAUUCAAUUAUUUUAAAUGACAAAAAAGAACUUAUAACAAAAAUAUAUUACUAUGAGAUUGAUUCAUUAAACAAUAGUAUAAUAACUAGUGUUAUAAAAUUAAAUAACUUUCUUCUAGUUGGUAAUAACAAAGGUGUAGUAAAAGCAUAUGAUAUGUUUGGUGAAAAUAAUAUAUCAGAUGAACUAUUUUUGAAUAAUUUCAAACUUUAUAAAAAUCAAAAAAAAAUAAUACGAGUUUAUGAUGAAUUUUUAUUAGGUAAUAAUUGCGUUUAUUUUAUUAACCCUAUAAAAAUAAAUGAAGAGAUGCCUAAAGAGAAAAAUAUAAUAUAUAAAAAAAAUUGUUAUGCUAUAGCAUUAUGUGAAAAUAAUUUAUUUAUUUUUUUAUCUAAUAAAAUUAAAAAAUAUAAAAAUGAUAAUUAUGAAAAUAUAGAAAAAGGUUACAAUUAUAUAAAUGAAGUAAAAAGGAGAGUAGAUAAAUAUUUAGUUGAUCUCUUUAAUAUAGAUGAAAAAUACUAUAAUCUUAUAAAAAAUAAAAGAAUAGGUGAAGAAAAAAUUAAAAAUAAAAAUAUUUUUGUUCUUCCUUUAAUGAUAUUUAAAAAAAAGAAAAAAAUAAGAAAAAAUCUUAGUGAUAAUAUUUUUAUAAAAAAUGAAUAUAAUAAUAAUAGGUAUAGUAAUACCAUGUUUAAUGCUAAAAAAAAAGGUAAACAAUGCAUAAAAUUACAAAAUUCAGAUAAAAAUAGUUUACCUUUAAAUAAUAAUUAUGAUUUAAAAUCUAAAUGUAAUAUAGAUGAAAUAAAUAUUUUAAGAGACAAAAUUCUCGUUGAUAAAAAUAUUGUUCAUUACAAUGAUAUAAUAGAAAAAAAUUAUAACAAAUAUAAUUCAGAAUGCUUUCAUUCUUACCAUAAUAAUAAUAGUUUUACAUCACUUAAUAAUAAAAUGUUAAAGAUAAAAAAUAAUAUCAAUGCUAAUAAUGUUAUUAUAAUAAAAAAUUAUAAUAAAAAAAAUUUUGUAUUUUCAAUUAUUAUAUCAAUAAAUGAUAAAUUGUAUUUUGGUUUUAUUCAAAAAAAUAUUUUAUCCAAUCACGAUAAAAAUACAUUUAAAAAUAUAAAUAUUAUAAAAUUUCUAAAAUUAAACAAUAUAUUAGAUCCUUUUAAAUUUUAUUUAGAAAAUUCUCUAAUUUAUACAAAAAAGAUGAAAAACAAAUGCAAUAAUAGUAGUCAUUUUUCAAAAGAAGAGAAAAAUGAAAAUAAAAAAAAACAUAUAGAAUGUCUUAGAGAGAAAAAAGAUGAAAAUAAAAAAAGAAUUGGGAUAUAUUGCAACAACAAUAAUUUUUAUUUCAAAUUAGAUAGAAAAAUAAUAAAUAUUUAUGAAAACAAUAAUAUAUCAAAUGUUUUUCAAAUUAAUUUAAAUAGAAAUUAUAUUUUAAAUGAAUUCUUUUUAAUUAAUACAUUUGCAGAAAAGCAAGAAAUAAUUACUAUGAUAGAAGAAGAAAUAAAAAAAAAUGAAAAGAAAGUAUAUUUAGAUGAUUUUAUUGAAAAUUUUAUUAAUAGUAAUGAAGCAAUAGAAGGAGACGAUAAAAGUAAUUCUUUUUAUAUAUUUAAUCAAUUAUUUUUAAGAGAUUACAACAUUUUUUCAAAAAAUAAGCAUAUUUUAUAUCUUAUUCUUAAUAAAUGUAGAAACUUUGAUAAUCAUUUUUAUUCCUUUUUAUUUUAUAGUAUUAUCAAUAAAGGGUAUCCUUUAAUUCAAUUUUUUCAAAAUAAUUUAAUUAGUAAUAAUAUUGUUAUUAAUAAAAAUCUGUAUAAUACAAGUUAUAAUUUAAAAAUACAAGAAAAUAUAAAUAAUAUUUUGCAUAAAGAUGAGGGUACUAUGUUUAAAAAGUUAAGUGCAUUUAUAAGAAAAAAAAUAAAUAGUAACAUAAUGAGCAGAUACUUUUUUAAUUUUGAUAAAACUUUAAAAGAUGAAAAUAAAUUAAAGAAAAGAGGAAAUGACAAUGUAGAAAUUAGGAAGGAAAGAGAGCAGAAUCUAAAAAAAAAGAAAAAGAAAGAAUUUUUAGAUAACUAUUAUUGUUUAGAAAAAUUGAAAAAAAAAAAAAAAAAUAACUCUGAUUAUAAUAAUAAUACUUGUUUAGAUGAUAGGGAAUCUUAUAGAAGUACUCGUUCUAAUGAUAAUUUAACUACUUUUAAUAAUAUAUUAAAAUAUAAUAAAAGUAUUAAUUUUUCUAAUAUUGAUUAUGUAGACAGCUAUAAUGAGAAAAUGUCACAAUUUAAUAAUAAAUAUCUUAGUUGCAAUAGUGAUGAAAGUUUGGUUGAAUUAUAUAAUAAAUUAAAUAAAGAUAUUGAUCAAAGUAAUAAGUUGUAUUUAACAAAUCCAUUAAAUUGUAAUAAAAGCUACAGAAAAAUGUGUAAUAAUAAUGAAGAAAAGGAUGAAUCAUAUGAUUAUAUAAGUUUUCUAAUUAUACAUUUAAAAGGAAGUAAAUAUCAUUUUAGUAAUGUAAUGGAAUACAAUAAAAUAGUAAACCAAAAAAUUAAAAAAUCAAAAAAUAAUCUUAAAAAAUGUUUUUUUAAACUUUACAAUAAAGAAAAAGGUACAUCUGAUUUAAUAAAGUAUCUAAAUAAUGGGAAUAAAUGCAAAAAAUAUGUAAAAAUUAGUAAAAAGAGUAUUAAUAAAAAUAGGAAUUAUUACCAACUUAGAAAAAAAAAGAAUAAUAAUGUAAUAAUUUCAAAGCACAUAUUUUAUCUUUUGAAAAAAAAAAAACAAUAUAAACAAAAUUAUAAAUAUUCAGAAAAUUCUAAUUUAAAAUAUGGAGAUACCAAAAGUAAGCAACCUAGAAAAUUAUGUAGUUAUGAUUGUCUUUUAAUUUACUUCAAUAACAUAAGUUAUUGUGCUAAGAAAAUAAUAAUAUGUAGAUUAAAAGAGAAAAUUAACAAAAGAUUAAAUUUUUCUCAUGACGAUAUAUUUUUUAUAUUACAUCUAUUUUAUAAUUAUGUGUUUUUAAUAAAUUAUCAAAAAAAAAUUUCUUUUUGGAUUAAUAUAAAAUAUUUACAUACAAAUAUAUUUAUCAUUAAAAAAAUUAAGAAGAAUAAAAAUAAUAAAUCAGAAAAAAAAAGUGAAUGUGCAAAAAAAUUAGUUGGUUACUCAAAAAAAAUUAAUAAAAGAAUAAAAACUAACAAAAAAGAAAGAAAUAUAGAAGAAAUAUCCAAAGACUUAUAUGAAAAGAAUAUAAAUGAAAUGAAUGAAAAAGAAAAAAUUUUAAAUAAAAACUAUAAAAAUGAAAAACAAAUAAAAGAGAAAAAAAGAAAUGAUAUUUUAGUAUUUAAAAAAAUUAAACGAGAAAAUAUUUUAAGAUUAUUUUUUAGGAAUAAUAACUCAAUUCCCCUUACAUAUUUAAAUAAAAAUAUGAAAAACAUAAAACCAUUUAUGAAUAAAUAUAUUAUAUUUACUCAGGAUAAUACUAUUAUUUUACUGAAAAUUGCAUUUUCAAAGAAUAAUAAAAAGAUUAUAAAUAAGCAAAAUGAUAUCAUAGAAAAUUUUUUGCAAUCGUAUUUAUAUUACGAGAAAGAUUCAUAUUAUGUAAUACAUGAUCAUCGACUAUUGAAGUUUUCUGACAUCUUUAAAGAAUUAAUAAAAAACCAAAAAAUCAUAAAAAAGAAAAAAAAUGAAAAUUCUAAUAUAAAUGAAAAAGAAUAUUUAGAAAAUUUAAUAAAAGGAAGAAUUAGAUUAAGAAGAGAUAAUAAUAAUGAAGUAAGUUCCAUCUCUAGUUCUAAUUAUAGCUCAUCAUUAAAUAUUAAUAAUACUAUAGAAAGCAAUGAUAGAAAAAAAAAUAAGUUAGAAAAAAAUUAUUUAAAGUGUCUGAUUAUAUUUUUGAUGGCAGUUUUUCUAAGAAAGAAAAAGAUUUUUUUUAUAAUUGAAUUUGAAAUAAUUGAAUAUUGUGUAUAUAAGGAAAAUUUGGAAUAUAUAAAUGAUCUUAGCAUUUUUGAAAAUAAAAUAUUAGUAACAACUGAAAAUUAUAUACAUUUAUAUAUCUAUAAUGAACAUAAAAACUGUUUUUAUUUACUUUUCUCUAAUGUUUUUUAUAAUAUUAAUAAUUUGACUAUAAGUGAAAAAUAUAAAAAAACCUUAGUUUUUCAUAGUAUCUUUAAUAAUAUAAAUGUUAUAUCAAAAAAAUUUUUAUCAGUUUAUCAUGUUUUAUGCAAUGACUUAAUAAGUAUAGGAAACUUAAAAUUUAGAAAUAAUAUAAAAUUUUUAUUUGAAAAUAAACUAUUUAAUAAUUUAAUUGGAUAUAAUUUUAAUAUAAAUAAGAAUGAAAGCAUAAUUGAAAGUCUAAGAAAAUAUCAUAAGUUUUUUAUGAAUUUUUUUCUUGUCGAUAAAAAAUACAAUAUAUUUAAUAUAUAUAGCAUAGUGUUAAAGGAAAAGAAAGAAAAUUAUUUUUAUGAUAACAACAGACAUAUAGAAAUAUGUUAUGACUUAAUGCUAUUUUUUCAAAUAUUAAUAAAUGGAAAAAAAAACCAAGAAAAUAUAUUAAAUAAAACUUUUUUAUAUAAAAAAAAAUAUAGAGAUAUAAAAAAACUAAAAGCGAUUCAAAAAUAUUAUUUUUUUAAACAAUAUUUUAUGAAAAAGAGAUAUAGAUUAUUUUUAAAUAUUUUCCUUUAUAGAAUAUUUAUUUACCUAAAUAAAAAAAUUUUAUUCUAUAAAAAAAUAUUUAAUAGACAAUUAACAAGCGAAUUUUUAUUUGAAUUGAAAUUAAAAGUAUUUAACAGACUUUUGAAAUUAAGUUCUUAUGAUUUUUCUGAUAGAAGAAAUGCAUUUGAUGUAUUGAAUGAUAUAUAUGAACAAAAAGCCAAUAAAAAUGUUCAAUAUAUUUGUCUUAUUAACAUGAUAAAGAAUUAUAAAGAAAUAAUUCAAAGUCAACUUUAUAAUAUUCAUUUUACUAACUUAAAAGAAAAUAAUGGGCUCAAUAACAAUAAAAAAUGUACUGAUGUUAAUCCAAUUACUGAUAAAAGUUUAAUUUAUGAUAUAAAAGAUGUUGAAAAUUUAAAUAAUUUAGUGAAACACAAAUAUAUUUUUAAAAAUUUGACAAUAAGAAAUUUAUUAGAAAAAACUAUAAUACAAAAAAUAGAAAAAAUGAAUAAAUAUUGUAUUAAUGAUAUAAAGGAUUAUAAAGAUAUCAUAAAAAAUAGUAUAAAAGAUAAUGUAUAUUAUAAUAUUGAUUUUUAUCAUUUAAUAGAUUGCUCUUCUAAUAAACAAAAUUCAUUUAGAAAACAAGCCCAAAUGGAAUACAUAAACUCAUUAAAUAAUAAUAAAUUUGAUAACUCACUUUAUUCUAUAUACUUUAACUUUUUCAUUUACAUAUCAAAUAAUCCGAAGAUUCUUUUUCAUAUUAAAAAAUACUUGCAUUUUCAUACCUAUUCAACAAAAUUACUAAAAAGUAAAACAUACUAUUUUAAUUUGGAUUUAUUGAAUAUUAUUUUUAAUUUUGAUAACCAAGCAUUAAAUGAAUUAAAAAUGAUUUUAAGUUUAUUUCCAUCAAGUCCCUCAAUCGAAGAAGUUUUUAAUUCAGUUAAUUUACUAUCUAUGCCUUUUUGUAAUUCAUAA